AUGAGACUCACAUUCGUCGCCGCGCUUUGCCUUAGUGGCACUUCUGCCCUGGCCGCUACUGUGCAAUCAAUCAAUGCAGAGGUCGAGAAAGUCAAACACAACGACUGGCCUAGCGCCACAUAUGACACCGAGCCCAUCACCUAUUUUGAUGGCAAGCAAGUUCCUGCAUUACCACAGAUAACCGACGAAGCCGAGUUUAGUCAGACAAAGUAUCUGGUGGGAUCCGAAAGCCCGUAUUGUCCCCAUUGCAUAAACUUCAAGCCGACCUACCAGACCUUGUACGAAUACUACUACACAUCAAAUGUCCCAGUAAACAACAAUACAAUUCCGCCGACGUUCGAGGAGUAUUACGGGCUCAAAUUCUACACAAUCAACUGUAUCUACAAAAACGACAUCUGCAGAAAGCAAGGCAUCACAGCUUAUCCCACGACCAUUUUGUACAAGAAUGGCGAGCCUCUUGCUUCUCUCCGAGGUACCAAGCAAAUGAACCAAGUCGCCGACAUGAUUGAGAAUGCGCUUGAGUCGGAGAAUCCGGGAAUCCGACCCCUCCACCCCCUUCUCCCUGCUCCCGGUGCUACUUCGCGUCCUGUUCCCCAGAACGUGCCGCAGGACAAGGUGCCCACGGAUGAGAGUCAGAAGCCAUUGAAUGCAGGGGGGAAAUAG